GUAUCUGUUAUAUGUAUAUGUGAACUUUAAUUUGCCGUUUGUUUUAUUAAUGUGUUAAUUAAAUAAAAAUUAAAAAUGGAACGUUUUCAUAAAAUAGAAGUUAAUAAAACGGUGUGGGAAAUACCAGAACGUUAUCAAAUGCUCUCAGCAGUUGGUUCAGGAGCAUAUGGGCAAGUGUGUUCAGCUUUAGAUACACAAACAAACACUAAAGUUGCAAUCAAGAAAUUGGCAAGACCUUUCCAAUCAGCUGUUCAUGCAAAAAGAACUUAUCGUGAACUAAAACUGUUGAAACAUAUGCGCCAUGAAAAUGUUAUUGGACUUUUAAAUGUUUUUCACCCACAAAAUGAUACAAGUCAAAUAUAUCUUGUAACCCAUCUUAUGGGUGCCGAUUUAAAUAACAUAAUAAGAACUCAAAGACUUACAGAUGAACAUGUUCAAUUUUUGGUAUAUCAAAUUCUGCGUGGUCUUAAGUAUAUUCAUUCAGCAGGAAUAAUUCACAGGGAUUUAAAGCCAUCAAACAUAGCAGUGAAUGAGGACUGUGAACUAAAAAUUUUGGAUUUUGGAUUAGCAAGACCAACUGAGACUGAAAUGACCGGUUAUGUUGCAACAAGAUGGUAUAGAGCACCUGAAAUUAUGUUAAAUUGGAUGCAUUACAACCAAACAGUAGAUAUUUGGUCUGUUGGUUGUAUUAUGGCCGAAUUGCUUACUGGGCGUACCUUGUUUCCAGGUUCAGAUCAUAUUCAUCAAUUGAACCUAAUCAUGGAAAUUUUGGGAACUCCCAGUGAAGAAUUUCUUCAAAAAAUAACAUCAGAAAGUGCUCGUAAUUAUAUAAAAUCAUUACCACCCAUGAAGAAAAAAGACUUAAAUCAGGUUUUCCCUGGUGCCAAUCCAUUAGCUAUCGAUCUAUUAAGACUUAUGCUAGAGUUAGACAGUGAUAUUCGUAUAACAGCUGAACAAGCUUUAGCUCACUCUUACUUAGCACAAUAUGCUGACCCAACUGAUGAACCUACAUCUGCUCCUUAUGAUCAAAGCAUCGAAGAUAUGGAUCUUCCUGUCGAAAAAUGGAGAGAUUUGGUUCUUGAAGAGGUCAAAUCUUUUGUACCACCACCACUUGAUGAAACAACCUAGAAUUUCUUAUACAAUUUUACAGAGUGCUCGUGUAUAUAACAAUUGUAUACAACUUCAACAUUUUUAUUUUUUAAAUGAUUUUGUAAAAAUGUAGAUAUAUUAUUUACAAUUUUAUCGAAUAUACAACAUAACAUGUAUAUCCAUAAUGUUUGCAAUUUAAAGGGAUGUUAUUGUAAAACAGACGAGUGAUGAUAGCUUAUGUUUCAAUCAGAGGUAGAGAGAACUGAAAGUAUUGUAACGGCGCAUGACUGUGCAUACGGCCUCCUAUUGCUUGUUAUCGCACGUCUGUUUUGCUAUACACUAGUUAGACACAUUUCUUUAUAUACAUAAUUUAUUUUAAUUACAUUCGUCUUCGUUUAAAUGCACAAGAUGCAAUAAAGUUGAAAAAUGUAUGUUUUACUAAUA